AUGUCUUUUUUAAAGAACCUGCUAAAUCGCGGCAUGUUUCCGCGUUCUGGAGAGAGCAGCACGUACGACUUUCUUUCCUUCCCACAGCAGAUCGUCAUCCCGCUGCUCAGUAGCACCAGCACCAGCGGCACCAGCGGGGGGAGCAACAGCAGCAGCAGCAACAACAACAACAACAAAAACAAAAACAACAACGAGGGUAAGGCCAAGGGGAUUUUUGCUGUGCUUCUUCCUGUUGAUGAGCAGCACCAAUUGCUGCAGCUUCUUGCCACCCAGCGGUCACUUCUUAAGUUGCUCAGUAGUAAAUUGAAGGAGCAACAACAGCAGGAGGUGGAGCGGCAGGGGCAGCGUGGGGGUUUGCAGAAGGAGCAUGACCAUGGCCAGCAACAGCAGCAGCAGAAGCAACAACAGCAGCAGGCUGACUUGGUAGGGCAGCUGGUCGAGCAGGCUCUGCAGCAGCUAUAUUUAGUCCAGAUUGGAGCCACAGAGAGACUGAGGAGACAGCUAAAUCAUUACACAACAUGGAGUGAUUACUGCUGUAGCAACAGUUGCUGUUGUUGCUGUAUGUACGCGUCGGAACCCAAUGUCUGCUACUGCAACACACACAAGGAGGCUACACCAGUAGCAGCAGAAGCACCUGUAGCAGCAACAGCAGAACCGCGUCAACGGGGCUGCAGCAGCAAGCGGGGAGUUGCCGGGGCUGCCUGUGGGGGGACAGAUAGGGCAGAAUCAGCAGCAUCGGAGCCUUGCGAUACUGGUGACUUUGGUGCUGCUGCUGCUAAUGCAGCAGUUGGAAGUGGAGCAGCAUGUGUCCCCCCGGAAGUCCUGCAGGCAGGACGUGCUGCCGUUGGGUCGUUGAAGUCCGCUGCAGCAGCAGCUUGUUGCCCUUAUCUUCUGGUGUACGCCCACGGAAAUGGCAGCGACAUAAGAGAUGUAAUGCCGUUGCUGCAGCAGACUCAGCAAAAGACUGGUGCUGCUGUUUUGGCCUUCGACUAUCCGGGAUAUGGGCUCUCCCAAGGGUACGCUACUGAGGAGGCAGUUGAUUUGUGUCUCCAGUCGGUGUUGUCCUUCGUGCUGCUCCAGCUGCGGUGGCCUCCGCAGCGAGUUGUGCUGUGGGGAUGCAGCAUCGGCGCAGGACCGGUCACGCGUGCUGCUGCACGUUUUGCUGCUGCAUUCAGGCAGCAACAGCAGCAACAGCAUGAGAGGGCCUGCCGGCUGCAAUGCCACCUGCUACAGAUGAGCCGGAACAAUAUCAACCAGCAACAGCAGCAGAAGCAGCAACAGCAGCAGCGGAAGGACCUGCCGCCGCGGCCCUGUCUGUUCUUCCCCGUCCUAGGCAGCAACUUAUGCGCCUCUGCAGCAGCAGCAGCAGCAGCAACAGCAGCAGCGAUUGUGCCUCCAAGCACAGCAGCACCCGAAGCCGUCGUUGCUGCACAAGUAGCAGCAGCAGCAACGACCAACUGUUCGGGUGCGUGGCGCUCUGCGAGCAGCAGUAGCAGCAACAGCAGUAGGUGCUGGACUGGGGGAGGGUCCGUGAAUUUUUACAACUUGGGGGGCCUUGUGCUGCAGUGCCCAUACACCUCAAUUCGAGCAGCAGCAAAGAGCUUCGUGCCUGCAGCAGCAGCAUCGCUUGUAGUGCCACGCAGUGUCUGGCCAGUUGCUGCUGACCUUGCAAGCCCCAACUUUUGCUGCAGCUGCCUGUUCCUUCACGGCAAGAAAGAUGAGCUUUUCUGCUGGAAAGAUUCGUGGAACAUGCAACAACAGCUACAGCAGCAGCUGCAGCGGCUACAGGGGAGUGCUGCCGGUAGAAGUAGCACCAACAGCACAAGGAACGCUGUGAACAGCAGCAACAACAGCAGCAGCAGAUGGAGUCAAACAAGAGUCAGCACUUGCGCAGACUCUGCUGCUCUCUGCCAAACAGCCAACAGCAGUUUUAGCAUCAGCAACGCUAACAUCAGCGACAUCAGCUGCUGUAACAGCAGCAACAAGCAAAGCAGCCACCAGAGCCAACGGAAUGCCAGUGAAGGAGAAGGGGACGCUAGUCCCCCAGUUGCUAGCCGAAUCAAAAGCAGCCUCAGCUGCGGCAAGGACAGCAGCAGCAACAACAGGCCCAACGGCAACCGAAACGGCAACGAUAUAAGCAGCCAAAACGGCAACGACAGCUCCAACAGCAGCAACCGCAGCAGCGGAAGCAAAACCGGCAGCAGCACAAGCAACAGCAGCAGUCCCAGCAGCAGCAACAACAACAGCGGCACCACAGAGGAAUUUGAGAGUUUUCCGUACUUUUGUUUCGGCUGGUAUCCUCCCGAUGCUUCGCAUUGUGUCUUUCAUUGGGGUCGUGACCUGCUGCUGCCUAUCUCUGCUUUUCUUAGGAAGGCGCAUUCCAAUUUGCUGUUGCAGCUCGUUGCUGGGCUGCUGCCGCUGCUCGUGCUUCAACACGACGACUCCAUAGCCGCAGCGGCAGCGGCAGCAGCAGCACCAGGCGACUGGUGUACAACCGCCCUGCUGCUGUUGCCAGUUAAGGAGAGGCUGCUACUUUUGCGAGAGGCUGUCCACGGUGAUGCUGCAGACUCCGUCUCAUCAGCAGCAGAACAACCCACAACAGCAGCAGCUGUGACAGCAGCAGAUGGAGGCAGAUGUGCUCCCGGACACCUUUCGCAGUCGCUGCAGAGUGCAGCUCUCAGCAGCUCGGUCUCUCUCCUUUUUUCUUCGAACGAGUUUGCUGCUGCCUGGUCUACGGCUGUCGAGCAGCAGUAUCCCCCACUGCAUCACUGUCAGCAGCAGGAAAUGCAACAACAACAACAGCCACAACAACAGCAACAACAACAGCCACUAGACAGGAGCAGCGAACAUCAAGGGUUCUUACGUAGCAACAGCAGAAUGAAGCCAAAAAAGCGGCUUCCGCUGCUGCUGGAGCAAUAUGCAGACACCUGGGGUUUAGCAGCAGCAGCAGCAGCAAGCGCAGACAUCAGGAUGCAGCUGAUGCUAAUAGGGGCUGCGCUGCGACUGUUUGCUCCUCAUGAGCUCUCUGGAUUGCAUGUGCAGCAGCAGCUUCUACAACGUUACCCGCUGCAGCAGCAGCAGCAGCAGCAGCAGCCGCUGCAACCAACAGCAGCAGCAGCAGCACUGGUGCACGUCACUCCGCAUUUGUCUACUGCGAUGCAACACAUGAUGGCUGAGAUGUGCACCUUUCCACGUAGCCCUACUGCGGCAGCAGGCAUUGACCACAGCACAACCGGCGGAGCAGCAGCAACACCUGCAACCGCGACACCAACAGCAGCAGCAACAGCUGCAGGGAAGUGGGUGCAAGGCGGUGAGGAUAGUGAGGGCUGCCUUUCUGAAGCAGCAGCAAGUGAAGAGGUGAAGACAACGGGGAUGCCUCUCGAUUCCGUCAUCGGAGAAGCACAGCAAACACCACACAGCAGCAGCAGCCACAGCUGCAGAAAUGGCGGCAACGGCAAUCGGGUUUCAUGCAUCCUCUCCUCCAACCAGCAACAAAUGUUACUGUUUCAGCGGCAGCAGCUGCAGCAGCGAAUGCAGCGGCAGCAGCGGCAACAAGUGCUUAGCCGACGGCAGCAACAGUUGGAGCAGCAGCAGCAGUUGUUACGGCAGCAACCACAGCUGCAGCAGCAAUUACUCAGCAUGCAGCUGACCCUUGCUCCCAUUCAUGCUGCCUCACCGAUUUUCUGUAGAGAAUGUGUUCACAGGCCAGUAUCAGACGGAGGACGUUUCUCGUUCGGUGCCGCAGCAGCAGCAGCUUCUGCUGCUGCCGCCGCCUCGGCAUUGCCUCUUUUUGGGUCUGCUGCAGGACUUGUGAGGCUGCUGAGUCACCGGUAUGCGGAGUUCCUUUCGUUGCUGCUGCAAACAGCCGUGCAGCGGGGGCUUGUGGAGCAGAUGAAGGUGCUGCACCAGCACCAGCAGCCCCGGCUGCAGCGUAAGAGGCAGCCACAGCAUGUCGAUGUUAUGUUGCCGCAAGUCCUUGGCUUUAUAAAAAGGCUGUAUGCGGUUCUACAACCUUCCUUCAGUGUAGACGCAACUUUCGUCAGAACACAGGAGCAGCAGCAGCAACAACAACAACAACAGGAUCCCAUUCAGGUGUCGUAUGUCCUCAAUAGCAUUUCUGUUUGCGGAAUUCGCCUGUCCUUAAUUCCACUACAGCCGUUAGCUGGCUCUACUGAACGUGACGGGAACAUCUACUGCAGCAACUGCAGCAGCUGCUGCAGCGUCGAUGCGACACCUUGCAGAACCACCGCGAGCAGCUGCUGCAGAGAAGCAGCAGCAGCCGCAGGGGGAUCGGUGUUGUACGCGGAGGCCACUCCUUUAGGGGCUGCUGCUGGUGCUUCAGCUUGUGUUACUACUGCCGGGCGAACUGGACUCCGGAGCGACUGCAACAGCAGCUGCAGCAACAGCGAUAUUGUAGUGGGUAUUCCAGAGACGCUGGUGGUGCCGUUGUUUGCUGCUCCCCUUCCUAGCCUCCAGCCCACAGCUCGGUGGCUGCUGAACACACUGCUGGCUGCUGCUGCUGAUUCUUGCAGGCCCAACGACGGCACAAACAGCAUGUCUUCUACUGUGCAGCAGCAGCAGCAGGAAGUAGCAGAGCAGUUUGCCACAGAUCUCGUGGAGCUCCUCAAGUGUAUGUACACCCUUCCCAACUUUGCGGCUCUGGCGUCCCUCCAUCCAGUCUCUCCAGGCCAGCUGCUUUUGCUGCAGCGCAGCAGAAUGUGUGCAACAGCAUCACCAGCAGCAAGGGCAGCCGCAGCUACUGCAGCCACGGCAGUCCCUCUACACCGCAACUGCAGCUUUUUCCCCUUUGGUUGGGACCAGCUGCUCCUGCUGCUCUACGGCACCCAGCUGCCGCCACUGCUGUGGCUGCUUCUUGGGGGAGGUAUGCAACAGCAGCAGCAACGGCAACAUAUCCCGCGGAUUCUUUGCCUUCAGUCUUUCUAUGCGGCAGCAGGUCAAGGGGGGGUGGCUUCUGGAGCUGCGCAGCAGAUAUGCCACGUGGGUACACGAGAGCAGCGCAAUCAACUGUAUGCGCUGCAACAAGCAGCAGCAGCAACAGCUGCUGCUGCAGCAACACAUCUUAUGCAGUGCAGCACGCAGCUCACGAUACCUCUUCAGAGCCCCAGCGACUCUGGCCCGUUUCUUGAUGCUGCAUCUGUUGUAACUGCUGCAACAGCGCGCCAUCAGCCACGGAUUGCAGCGGUUACUGCUGCAUUUGAGAUGGCGGAAGCCGCGGCUGCAGCUGCAUGUUGCAGCAGCAGAGCGCUACAGAAGCCGUGUAGUAACUUCACAGCUGCAGGGGCUUUGCAUGAGUUGAGGACAUUUGCUGCUGCUCCUGCUGCUGGGCAUGAUUGUGAGGAGCUGUUGAAGCCCGGGGGAGAACAUCAUCCCGUUGCAGAAGCAGCUGCAGCCACAGCAGCUGCAGGUGAGACUAAAUCAGCAAGCCCAGCAGCUCCAGCACAAGAAGAGCUGCACUCCAAAUGCAGCAAGCUGCCAUCUGUGGUGCAGCAGCAGCAGAUCCAUCGGCAGCAGCAGAAGCAGCAGCACUUGGGCAGCAGCAAACACAGACGAUUUUGGUGGCCUUCACUGCAUCUUCCGACUUGCGUCCUACGGAACUCGCUGAUCGAUGCUUCUUUGCUGUUGCAACUAAGGGGAACUCGCAAUAGGAGCACCUGCAGCAGCGACAAGAGCCUGCAGGGCCCGGCUUCAGCGGACUGCAGCUGCCGCAGCAGACAUCGAGGUUGUCAAUUGCUUAUUGCAGAGUAUCGCCGCCUUUACACGUCCGGGGGGUCUUCUCUACUGCUGGAGACAGCCCUAACUGUGGCCGUUUUGCGGUGGGAGCUUCGGACUGCCUCCUGUCUACGUUCAGCAGCAGCAGCUGCCCACAGCAGAAGCAGCACCGGCAGUGAGAGCAGCAGCAAAAGCAGCUCUGCCGAGAUAGGCCGCCUGCUACUUGAGGCCGCGCCGCUCUCGGGUUGGCACGCAGCGGUGACAAGCAUUGUGCCCUUUUGCUCCGGGGCGGUUGCCUUAGAACGCCUGCUGCUGCAUAUCUGGGGAGUUCUGCUUCAGCAGCAGCAGCAGCAGCACCAGCUGUUAACAUUCCGGAGGCGUGGUACGCCCGGCAUGCUGUUACUGCAGCAGCAGCAACGCCAGCAUCAGCAACAGCAGCACCGGCUCGCACCUGCAUUGUGCAUUCCGCUGCCGAAUGUGCAGCAGCAGCGCCCACGACAUCAGCCUGCUGCUGCUGUGGCGGUUGCUGCAGCUGCGGCAGCUGCAACGGGUGUGCGGGCCAACUGUGGCAUUUCGUUGGUGCAUCCCGCAGUAGCACCAGCAAGAGCAGCAGCGGUAGGAGAAGAAAGGGCCCCAAUGACAGCGUUGCCCAAUCUCCAUACCGUGAAUACGGCCCCAAACCUCUUCAGUGCUGCAGCAGCAGAAUCAGCUGCAACGAAUGACACAGCUGCAGCACUACAUUCAGCUGCAGCAAGCCAGAAGACGCAGAGCGGAAGUUCAGCAGAGCAGCACAGUGAUCUGGGCAGGCUGCCCUAUCGGAGUCCAGGUAAUGAUGCGCUAAGGCAGCAGCAGGCGCUGCCGCAGCGAAACCUGGAGCAGCAGCCGCUGAAGCAGCAGGCGCUGCUGCCUUCCGAGCAGCAGCGGCAGCGAAUGCUUUGGUUUUAA